GGUUUGAGCUCGCGAGCUGAUCACCUGAAGCGACCCAGCAGCAGCCAUGUUGUAACUUUUACUGAAGUCCUUCCAGCUUUCAGAGAGGCAGCUGUCUGUAAAGUCUGGGAUUCCUCCUCCUGUGUAAAAAGCAGAAGAUUUACGACUUCAACACUCAAACUUGAAAUGAGCGUGAGCAGCUUUCUAGUCACCGCAAUGCGGAGAGGAUGCACGCGGACCUUAAGACGACCUUUUCCCAUGCAUUGAUGUGAUGGUUGUUGUGCAGGUCCAGAGCUGCCUGCUGUCCACCCAGCAGCCCAUCCCUGCAGCCCGGCUGCCCUGCAGGGUCAAGGUGUCUGCUGGGAAGCGCUACGCCUGGUGUGCGUGUGGACACAGUAAGAAACAGCCUUUCUGUGAUGGCUCUCACGUUAAAAAAGCUCCGACCAUCCUUCCCCUGCGCUUCACCCCCGACAAGGACCGGACGGUGAUGCUGUGUGCCUGCAAGCAAACUAAAAACUCUCCGUACUGCGAUGGAUCUCACUUCAGGGUCAUCUUCCAGGAUAUAGUAAAGAAAGUGAAAGGAGUCUUUAAAUGAGCAGCAUUCAACAUGUCUGCAUGGAUGUCAAGGAGCAGUAACUAUACCAGAAUCAAACGGAUAAUAAUCAAUCAGCAGUAUCUAAAUCUUGUCUCAACCAAAAAACAAGUCGCUGUAAAAAUGUGAUGUCAUUUUGUCCUUUUCAUGUAAACGUGCUUAUCCAAUUAUUUAUCAUAUCCAGGGCAUAUUAAGGGCAAUGACUCAGAUUUUGAUUCUAACAUAGGCUAGAUAAAGUCUCUUGUAUUUGGCUAAAUCCAAACCUAAAUGUUAAUAGACAAUCAUUUAUCUGGAACGCAUGGUGGAAAAGUCAUUCUUACAUAUAGAUAUUGUUUCCAUGGUGGGUUUUGAUGGGGAGUUUAAGUCAGUUUUAUAUAGAAUGUAUUCAACUGUAUGUCAUCUGUUUUGUGACUGAUGUGAAUAUCGUAAAAUAAAAGUCGCAAAUUGUAAUAAAAAGUCAUAUUUUGUAUAGCUGUAUGACCCAGUUGUUAUACAUGAUCGGAAAUUAUCUACAAUGUGACACUGCUACUGAAAAGGUAGUUUAUCUAUCUGGUGUAACUUUAACAUGUAAACUGCUCUAAAAAUUCCCAGAAAUACUAGUACAAAUACUCAAUAAAUCUGUGUUCUCUUAGA